CUAGCAACAAAUCUGCUCACUUUCUGGACAAACCUUAACUACUUUCCAUAAGAGGAAGUCGCCAGUGUUGCGCUGCAAACGCGAAGUCGGGCUUUCCCUAUGGAAAAAAAGAGGGAGAUAAUGAAAUGUGUGGGUCACCAGCAGGCCAGCCAGCUGCUCCAUAACAAGUUCAUUGUGGUUCUGGGAGACUCCAUUCAGCGGUCUGUAUACAAGGACCUUGUUUUGCUGCUACAGAAGGAGAAAUAUCUCACGUUAAAACAACUCAAGACCAAGGGUGAGAUGAGCUUUGAACAGGACUGCCUGGUGGAAGGGGGUUGUUUAAGUCAAAUGCACAAUAGAACGGAAUACCGAGAAGUUCGACAGUUUCACUCCGCCCACCACCUAGUCCGCUUCUACUUUUUGACACGCAUCUACUCUCACUACAUGCAGAGCGUCCUAGAAGACUUCCGCCAUGGCUUGAAACCAGAUGUAGUCAUUGUCAACUCCUGCGUUUGGGACAUUUCAAGAUGGUCUGACGGGUUGGAGGAGGAGAGCUGUGCACGAGACCUGUUGCAGUUUCCAGCUGUUUGCCAAUUGAGGUACAAUUCCAGUUGGAUCGAUGACUACAAGGAGGACCUCUAUAGGUUCUUUGACGAGCUGAGUGGGAUUCUGCCUGAGGACACCCUGGUCAUAUGGAGCCUCACCAUGCCCUUAUCAGAGAGGAUCAAGGGUGGUUUCCUGGUGCCUGAGAUUGAGUACAAGGCCCCUCAGCUGCGUUAUGAUGUGAUCGAAGCUAACUUCUACAGCGGGACCCUCGCUGAUGCCUAUGGGAUGGAUGUGUUGGACCUCCACUUCCAGUUUCGCUUCUCCCUGCACCAUCGUACAAAGGACGGAGUCCACUGGAAUGCUCUUGCCCACCGCAGGAUAACCUCCCUGCUGUUACAUCACACUGCACAAGCCUGGGGCGUCAUUAUGCCCUGUCCAAUGACAGCUGUCGAGAGUCACCCAAGAAAGAGAAAUUACAACGGCUACAGGAAGGAAUUCUUCAGCGAUUCCCUCCCUUUUAGCUACUUGAGCUUUGAGGACAACAGCCCAAAGCUACCGACAUAUCGCCAUGAGGCUGCUGGAGCUUACAGACCUUCCCUCCCACCACAGUCUCACCUACCAGUCCACAAACACAUUAAUAAACAUGAACAGGUUGGAAAUGGUUUCAACUACAGACCUCCCCACCACUUUCAGCCCUACAGUGAGCACCAUCAUCAGUACGUGAUGAGGAGCCGACACAGCAGACGCCACUAUGCUCCAUACACACACCACAGACCCAAUCCGUACACCCGUACUGCCAAUUACUACUGAGGUGUUUUAAAAGAUUCAGACUUGGUCGGAUUUCUCUUAUGGUGUUAUCUACUCCCAUCUCAUGCAUCAUCUGCAGUACAUUGUAUUUUACAACACUCCUCUGUGUUAUAACUCGACACCAUACAAAGGCUUGUAACCAGGACGAAGCAUUAAACCUCACAUUGCUUAGUUCACACACAGAUUUUACUUAAGUGAAUGUCCUCAGACAUACAUAUAUAU